AUGUCGAAGCGUGCGAGACAUCAGCCAGGCUUUUACGCAACAUUAUUGAAUGAUGUUCGCCAUCGUGGCCUUAAUUCGAAAUACCGACCGAAGGUAAAACCUACUGUUAUGGGCGUUUACGAAGUUGAACGCAUUGUAGCAAAACGAGUUCAAGGAGGCAGAGCAGAGUACUUCAUCCAAUGGCAAAGCUACUCCCCGAGUGAAAAUACGUGGGAACCAGCCGAGCACUUACCCGAGGAACUCAUCACUGCCUUCGAGAACAGAUCUGUCGAUCCAUUUCGCGCCGAUGAAUGCCGAGAGAGACUAGCUCUUUUAUUUGAGAAGGGUUUAAAAUCGCCCCUGGCAUGCAACGAAACUAUCACGAUACGGCACGAUGUAGUGCGAGCGCUCUUUCCUGGUUUGCCAUCAGACCUCCGUGGGUCUCCGUACCUCGCUAGUGAAGAGGAACUG